AUGUCUGGAAAACCAGUUUGCAUUGCUGAUUUUGAAGAGUAUGCAAAAAAAUUUCUCCCCAAAUCAGUGUAUGAUUAUUACCGAUCCGGAGCAGAUGCCCAGGAAACGCUAGCAGAUAAUGUAGCAGGAUUUUCCAGAUGGAAGCUCUACCCUCGAGUGCUCAGAGAUGUAUCGGUAAUGGACCUGUCAACCUCAGUCUUGGGGCAGAAAAUCAGCAUGCCAGUCUGCGUUGGAGCAACUGCUAUGCAGUGCAUGGCUCAUGCUGACGGAGAGACAGCUACUGCUAGAGCCUGCCAUGCAGUGGGGACAGGGAUGAUGCUGAGCUCCUGGGCCACUUCUUCCAUUGAAGAAGUGGCUGAAGCAUCUCCAGCUGGCCUCCGCUGGCUGCAGCUUUAUGUGUACAAGGACCGGGAGGUCACCAAGUCCCUGGUGAAGCGUGCAGAGAGAGCAGGCUACAAAGGGAUCUUUGUGACAGUGGACACACCGUUUCUUGGCAGGCGCAUCGAUGACGUGCGCAACAAGUUCCAGCUUCCUCCUCACCUCAGAUUAAAAAACUUCUCGAGCAGGGACCUGGCAUUCUCCUCAGGGAAAGACUUUGGAGAAAACAGUGGACUGGCUGUGUAUGUAGCUGAGGCAAUUGAUGCAACUGUCACUUGGGAGGACAUCAAAUGGCUUAGAAGGCUGACCUCACUGCCCAUCGUUGCCAAAGGAAUCCUCAGGGCCAGUGAUGCUAAAGAAGCUGUAAAAGUUGGAGUAAAUGGCAUCUUGGUGUCAAAUCAUGGAGCACGGCAACUUGACGGGGUCCCUGCAACUAUUGAUGUCUUGCCUGAAAUUGUUGAGGCUGUGGAGGGGAAGGUGGAGGUGUUUCUAGAUGGUGGUGUAAGAAAAGGCACAGAUGUUCUCAAAGCUCUAGCUCUUGGUGCCAAAGCUGUAUUCAUUGGAAGACCUCUCAUCUGGGGCUUGGCUUAUCAAGGUGAAGAAGGAGCAAAAGAAGUUCUUCAGAUGCUGAAGGAAGAGUUUCGACUGGCAAUGGCAUUGACAGGAUGCAAGACAGUAGAAGAAAUUGACAGGACACUGAUACGAAGAGAUCAAGCACCACUUUCCAAGAUUUAGAUCUGAAGACUAUUGCUGAGUGCUGUCUGUUGUACAGAAAGUGUGCUACCAAACAAAAAACCACCUGCCUUUACCCUUUGGGGCUCAUCCUGCAAUCCUACCUGAGAAGGCAUGUAGGAGAUCACUCAUUGUAAAACGUACUUGAAGCAAAUUUUACAAGUGUUUCUGUAUUCUCCUAGGCUCUUCUAGGAGUUGUGAUUAGAGAUGGGCUUUUAUAGAACAGCAUAGAAACUUCUAAGUGUUUUGCAACAAAUGUUACUAUGAACUUACAUGCCUGGAAGUAACUUAGCCAUUAAAAUGAAACUAGAAACAGAAAUGUUUUGACAGCAAACAGCUAUCAAAACAUUUCCGUUUAUAGUUUCCUUUUGAUGGCAAACAGUGAUCAAAAUACAGAAAUGUAAUUAAAAGAUACUUCUUCCUCACCGUUUAGAGAUAUUACAUCGAGGUCAUAGAGAUUAAAUCUUGCCUUCCUAUGAACAGUGUCAUUUUCCUAGUGACUAUGUGCCAUUCCUUGAUAAGCAUGUGGGCUUGUAGCUGUAGUUCAGAGGACUCAUGGUUGUAAAGAAUUUAACAGCAAAGCAAAAUCAUGUACGUUGUGUUAGUUAAGGGACACAAAGCCCCCAGCAAUCAGGUAAUUGUUUCGUAGUGCAUCGGGCACAGGCCAGAUCCUUGGCUGUGCAAAUCCUUGCAGCCCUGUUGCCUUCACCACACUGUGCUGACAGUACCCUGAUGGAGCUCUGAGUUACAUUCUUCACCUGGUUUCAUUGGCUGACAGUGGCAGGUGAAGGCUGAUGCUAUCUAGGACAGUUUUCAGGAUGUGCAGCCACGUGCAAAAGAGAAACUUGGCUGAGGUAUUAACCUGUGGCUUGGGAAGAUUCUAGUAGUUCUAUUUGCUUUCCAUGAACAAUCUUCAUGCAGGUAAGUGUUAAUGUUCUACACUCUGCUUAUGAUGAUAGAGACAAUAUAGGUUCUGCUCCUCUGUUCUCUGAACAAUCCAAAUGCAAACUGAAUUCAGGAGGAUUUUUGUGACUGUUAAGAACAAAGGAAUAACUUCCUACUACAAAAUGACUGUUUCCAAAGAGCAGGCAGAGGAGGUAAGACUCUGCUAAUCUCAUUUUGGGUAAAAUUAAGGAUGGUUCCUUAUCUGUUUCACUUCUGUUGCAGGUACAGCAGUGUUACUGAGAGCAGGCAGAGGUCUUUAAAAUCUUGUUAUAGAAAUUUGGUGUUCUUUUUUAAGGGAGAUUAGGGAAAAAAAUUAAAAAGCCUUGAUUUCAUUGUUCCACAGUCACUGACAUUACUGCCUCAACCAUUUGUUUCCCAUCAGUGUCAGAAGGACUCACACAUUUAGACUAUCCCUUUCCACUUUGUUUGAAAUAUCCCUUACUGAGCUUUAGAGGCAGCUUUAUAAUAACAUGAUGGAAUAUUACAAUGUGAACUAAAGCUGGGGCUGGAAUUCAAAAUGGGGAGAAAACCCAAAAGGCCACAUGCUUGCCCUUCAGUUGUAAAAUCUGUGCUUUUAUUUACUGGAGAAUCUAGUGUGUUGCUUGAGGGUUGCAUAGCAACAAAAUAAAGUUUAUCUGUGUAAGGAAA